AUGCCUAUAAGGAGGGUUCCCAUAAAUUGCGGCCAUUAUUGGGUAUUAUGUGGCGUAAAUAUUGGCUAUUAUCUAUUUCAUCCCCUUUACAAACCAUACAAUUUAGAAUCAAAACCAAUUCUGGAGUUUCUAAAUUUAAAGUGCCAUCUGAUAUUAAGAAAUUUAAGACCAAGAGGUACCAAAAACAGAGGGAUACCCCACGGAUAUGGCUUUAACUACAUUUCAUGCGCAAAUUAUUUUUAUGAAUCGUUAAUAUGGAUUAUAUUCGCCCUCAUAAUAAAUACGUUAACAGGAUACCUUUUCAGCAUAGUCGCCACGACGCAGAUGGCCAUUUGGGCACUAAAGAAGCACAACAAUUAUAAGAGAGAGUUCCCCAAUUAUCCCAAAAACAGGAAAGCCAUAUUCCCCUUCAUCUUGUGA